AUGAAGAUCACCGUGUACUCGUCCAAGGCCGUCACGCCCGAGUAUGGCGCCUGCGGCGUUGCUCCGGGCUGCACCGCCGACGUCGUCCCGCUCACCGUGCUCGACAAGGCCAACUUCGACACGUACAUCUCGGUGAUCUACGCCUUCCACGCACCGGCGCCGCCCAACGACGUCCUCGAGGCCGGGCUGGCCAAGGCGCUGGUGGACUACCGCGAGUGGGCCGGGCGCCUCGGUGUGGACGCCAACGGCGACCGCGCGAUCAUGCUCAACGACGCCGGCGCGCGGUUCGUGGAGGCGACGGCCGACGUGGCGCUCGACAGCGUCAUGCCGCUUAAGCCCACGUCGGAGGUGCUGAACCUGCACCCGAGCGGCGACGACGGACCCGAGGAGUUGAUGCUGAUCCAGGUCACGCGCUUCCCGUGCGGGUCGCUCGUCGUGGGGUUCACCACGCAGCACAUCGUGUCCGACGGCCGCUCCACCGGCAACUUCUUCGUCGCCUGGAGCCAGGCCACCCGCGGCGCCGCCAUCGACCCCGUCCCAGUGCACGACCGCGCUUCCUUCUUCCAUCCCCGCGAACCGCUGCACGUCGAGUACGAGCACCGUGGCGUCGAGUUCAAGCCCUGCGAGAAGGUGCACGACGUUGUAUGUGGUGCUGACGGCGAAGACGACGACGAGGUGGUGGUGAACAAGGUGCACUUCAGCCGGGAGUUCAUCUCCAGGCUCAAGGCGCAGGCGUCGGCUGGCGCGCCCAGGCCGUGCAGCACCCUGCAGUGCGUGGUGGCGCACCUGUGGCGGAGCAUGACGAUGGCGCGCGGGCUCGACGGCGGGGAGAGCACCAGCGUCGCCAUCGCGGUGGACGGGAGAGCGCGGAUGAGCCCGCAGGUGCCGGACGGAUACACCGGCAACGUCAUCCUCUGGGCGCGGCCCACCACGACGGCAGGUGACCUCGUGGCCAGGCCGUUGAAGCACGCGGUGGAGCUCAUCAGCCGGGAGGUGGCCCGUAUCAACGACGGCUACUUCAAGUCCUUCAUCGACUUCGCCAACUCCGGCGCGGUGGAGAAGGAACGGCUGGUGGCGACGGCCGACGCGGCGGACAUGGUGCUGAGCCCCAACAUCGAGGUGGACAGCUGGCUGCGGAUCCCGUUCUACGACAUGGACUUCGGCGGCGGCCGGCCCUUCUUCUUCAUGCCCAGCUACCUGCCGGUGGAGGGCCUGCUCAUCCUGCUACCGUCCUUCUUGGGCGACGGCAGCGUGGACGCCUACGUGCCACUCUUUAGCCGCGACAUGAACACUUUCAAGAACUGCUGCUACACCCUCGACUAG